UAUUACUAUAGAACGUGAGCUAGGAAGAAAACACUAAGCGAACUAUCAAGCGACUGUUGAAAAAAUUAAACACAAAUAAUAUAUGAACUAAAAAUAGCUAAUUGCAAAUCGAAUCAAUGUUUUUUAAGAGCUGCUAAUUAAUCUGUUCGAUGCUGAAGAAGUUUUUAAUUAAAAACUGUGCAAGAUUUAUUCCCUCGAUUAUGUUUUUUCACCACCUUCCACUUUUGAUGGGUGCUCAAUCACUGCAAGUGCGACAUGCUGACAAAAUGGCAAACGCAUCUUGGUGGCAUCGGUUGAUUGUUGUUGUUGUUGCAAGUUUACGUGCCUCACCCAAACGACAAGAAAAUGGAAGCAAAAAUGGAAGCUUUGCUUCCGUUCAACACGUGGUUCAGCUAUCGUGUCUUUCCGGUAUCGAAAAUGCUACCGGCAAAAAGACAUCGACAACAACAACAUAACAUCGACAGCAAUUGCAUUGCUUUGUGCGUGUUGUAAGAUUGUGAUCUGGGCAUGAUAAGUAAAUUGUGGAGCUCACGUACAUUCCACACGUUUCCGUGUGCGACGUGUGCGUUCCACAUCAAUAUAAAAAUCCAUCAGAUGAGCACAACGCAAAUCAGUUCAAUUAGCCAAAUUUAUAGUGCAGCAUCGCAGCAACUUCCAACUUCGAGAGACUAAUUAAGGAAUGACUAGAAUGUCGAUGUCGAUGAUGAUGAUGCGGCCAAUAUUGCCAGCACGUCGGCAAUUAAUUGCUCUCGUUGUGGUGACAACAUUAGCCUGCUGUUGCCUGCAGUUAACGGCGGCUCAGCAGAACUCAACGUUUGUUGCAACAAUUGUCAGCUCGAAUAACACGUUGCAGCUGGCAAACGAGACGCGACUCAAUGAAACGAUAACCAUCAACAUCAGUGAGAUUAUUGCCGCUGCUGCUUCGGAUGAUGAUACAGCGACAACAGCAUCGACAUCGAGUACAACAGAAGCGACAACAACAGCAGCAGCAUCGAGUACAACGGGGGCAACCACAACAGCAGCAACAUCAACCACAACAGCGGCAGAAACAACAACAGCAACAUCUUCCUCUACAGCAGCUACAACAGAUACCUCAACAACAUCCACAACGGAAUCCACAGCAACGUCAACAACAUCCACAGCAGCACCAACAUCCACAACAGAAUCCACAGCAACUUCAACAACAACAGCAGCAAGCACAGACACUUCAACAACAUCUACAGCAGCAACAACAUCCACAGAAUCCACAUCAACUUCAACAUCCACAGAGUCAACAUCAACAUCCACAGCAGCAACAACAUCCACAGAAUCCACAUCAACAUCUACGCCAGCAACAACAUCCACACAAUCCACAUCAACAUCCACUCCGGCAACAACAUCCAUAGCUUCCAGCACGACAUCCGCAACAACAGAAGCACCAACAACAUCCACAGCAGCAACAACAUCCACACAAUCCACUUCAACUUCCACAGCAGCCACAAAUGCCACAGAGUCUACAACAGUUGCCAGCUCCACCGAGUCGACAUCCACAACGUCCACAACAUCCACAGCAACGCCAAGCAGCAGCUCAACAACAUCGACAACAACAACGACAACUCUGGAUCCUUAUCCCUUGGCACCUUAUCCCACAGUUUACGGCCAGUUGUCAACCCUGGACAUUGCCAAACAGUAUCGCAAAUAUCGCAAGGAGCGCAAAGGACGCAAAGGACGAAAGGGACGCAAAUAUCGACGACGCAGCACAACAACAACAACGUCGACUUCAACGACAACCACAACAUCAACAACUCCAUUGCCCGAUGACAACAGCAAUGAAGAUGACAACAACAAUGAUAAUAGUAAUAAUAAUGGUAAUGAGGAUGUGAGCAUUUCGGCUGAUGAUUUAGUGUUGUUGGAGCCGCUGCCAGAGUUGCCACUCGAUCUGGGCAACAUUAACAAUCAGCGUAUUGCUCCAUAAUCUCAGUGAGAAUCAACAGAGAACAAACUCAUUAAGUAAUAAAGAGACAGAUA